UCGCACGCAGCGAGGCGCGCACUGCCCAGCGCUCUUCCCGCGCCGCCGCUCCAGCGGACCCGCCAGCCCGCGCGCCGGCUGUGCGCCCUCUGUGCUCGCCCGUCGGCCCCGCAGACAAACAGCCCGACCCCACCCCGACCCAGCCCGCCCGCCCUCCGGACCCUGGGCGCCCCGAGUGGAGCCAGGAGCAAAAUGAUGCUUCAACACCCAGGCCAGGUCUCUGCCUCGGAAGUCAGUGCCUCUGCCAUCGUCCCCUGCCUGUCCCCUCCUGGGUCACUGGUGUUUGAGGAUUUUGCUAACCUGACACCCUUUGUCAAGGAAGAGCUGAGGUUCGCCAUCCAGAGCAAGCACCUCUGCCACCGGAUGUCCUCAGCGCUGGAGUCAGUCACCAUCAGCGGCAGACCCCUCGAGAUGUCGGUCACCAAAGCCGAGGUAGCCCCUGAAGAAGAUGAAAGGAAAAAGAGGCGACGGGAAAGAAAUAAGAUUGCAGCUGCCAAGUGCCGAAACAAGAAGAAGGAGAAGACAGAGUGCCUGCAGAAAGAGUCAGAGAAGCUGGAGAGCGUGAAUGCCGAACUGAAGGCCCAAAUUGAGGAGCUCAAGAAUGAGAAGCAGCAUUUGAUAUACAUGCUCAACCUGCACCGGCCCACAUGCAUUGUCCGGGCUCAGAACGGGAGGACUCCAGAAGAUGAGAGAAACCUUUUUAUCCAACAGAUAAAAGAGGGAACACUGCAGAGCUAAGCAGCCGUGGUAUGGGGCAACUGCGGAGUCCUCAUCGAAUCCUCCUUUUACAUCCGAAACCCUGAAGCCAUUGGAGAUCUGACUUCCUGUGCACCUCUUGAAUCCCAGCAGCAAAGAACCAUCAAGGCGGGAGGGCCCUCGGUGACUCAGCCGGGCCUUUCCACUCUACCCCAAAGUGGACUUUGGACCAGGGCAACAAGGGCAUCUUUUUCCUCAACUCCAGAAUUUAGGCCUUAACAUCUUGGCCAUCCUUGGAUUCUCCAGAUGGCCCCUGGUUAGGGUCCUACCUGCCUUUCAUCUGGAUUCUGCAAAAACCAGGCCUCCCACCAUUAGGAUUCAUGCAGAAGAAGCAUCUGUACCUCGGGUGGGUGGGGUGGGGCCACCUCCUCUGCUGCCGCUGCCACUGUCACUUGUAGGGGACGUGGAGUGAGAAUGGCAUUUUGUGAAGUUGUGCGAUGGCCAGGGUUGUGCUUUCUAGCAAAUAUGCUGUUCUGUACAGGAAUUACCGUGUGCAAGGCGUUCGUUUCAAAACUAGGCGUUGUGCUCUUCUGAUGUUUGCGCAGUACACCACCACUGUGACUUUCUCGUGACUUUCCUCAGAUCUGGUUUCUGAGAAUUUGGGGGGGCUAUCAGCACGUGCAGUGUCUUGCAAAGUAUUCAAGUGGCCAGAGGAGCUUGUCAGCCCCGGGAGAACAGAAUUGUGCCAGCCUGGACUGAGUGCAGUUUUGUGCCAACAGAGAAGGCCUCUCCCCCUUGGCACCCAAGCAUUAACACAGGUCCUCUGUUGCAAACUCAGUUAUAAUGUCAUAGGAAGAAAGCAGAAACAGAGUCCAGCUUCCAAAGGGUUAGGAUUCUCUGCUCAGUGACUUAGGUCAGGAAUUUUUUCUAGGCCGGAAGAGCCAAAGAAUAUUCCAUUUUCCUUUUCUUGCGGUUGAAAACCACAAUCAGCGGAGAUGCGUUUGAAGCCAGGUGAUGCCUAGGCUUUAGCAUUAUUAGAUGUUAACGGCAUUGUUUCUGUCAUGCAGAUGUUUGUAGAAAUCGGGCCCAGAGCAUUUAUAGCUGUGAGACAGUCACUCACACUGGCCAUGAGGACUCUGGCAACUGUCUGUUUAAAUUCUGACGUUUCUGUGAAAUCCUCAGAGUGUUUAAUCCUACUCAGUAGUAUCAUUACAAUUUUCUGUAAAAGAAGAUAUUACUUAUUUAUCCUAGUAUUCCUAACCUGUCAAUAUAAUAAAUAAUGGAACCAAGACGUGGUGAACUUAA